AUGUCCCUCCUCCCGCGUUCUCCGAGCACCCGAGUCUUCGUCUUGUUCCUGUGUCUGUAUGCCGUGAUCCUGACCAUCGCUUACUCGACGAACCUCACGGCCUUCCUGAUCGUCGCCACGUCGCCUGCAGGAGUGGAGAGCAUCAGGGAGCUUUACGAGUCGGGGAAGGAGGUCGCAGGGACGGGCUACUUCUACAGGGAUGCUUUGGCCUCGUCGGGUGACCCUUUCCUGCAGGGUCUGACGGAUCGAUACCAAGGCUACAGUACCGCCGAGGACAUCCUGGAGAAGGUAGUAUCUGGGGACGCCGUGUACCUGCAGAACAGGGGGUCCCUCGAGUACGUGAGGGCGACGAAGUUUAGCAGUCGCACUCUCCAGGGAGUCCGGAUUAUGAAGGAGUGCUUCGCGCCCUACAGCAUCGCCCUGGCCGUCCAGAGGCACUCGCCGCUCAAGGAGAAGAUCAGCCAGGUCGUCGGCCGCCUCCGGAGCAGCGGCCUCACGCGCCAGUACUUCCUGCAGUCGCUCCGCCGCGCAGCCGCGUCGGAGGUGAGAGCUCGGGAAGGUCAUCAUAGGGGCUUGAUGCUGCUGGGCCGCGAGGGGUCGGAGCUGGCGCAGGGAGGCGCUGCAGAAGGCGACGAGAGCACCGAAGGAGUCAUUCCUCUCACCCUGGAUCACCUCCAGGGCGUGUUCCUGCUGGCGCUGCUCGGCUGGUGCAUCUCCUUCCUCGUCCUGCUGGCGGAGUGCCUCGUUUAG